CGAGAUGUUUGUUUUCGUUACUAUCCUAUGUGUAUUUGUGGCUUACAUUGUUUCUAUAAAGUUUGUGUAUUGCAGAUAUAGACAGUUAUGGCCACACAUGCGGGAUAAAAUAUCCACCCCGUUACACACUGGUGGAAAUAAACAAUUUUGUCCAACACAAGAGAGAUCCAAUGUACACUUACGGAAUUCUGAGGAAAAGGUGCGCAUGAGAUCCACGGGGAUACGAGCUCUGUUAGUCACCGCGCAUCCAGAUGAUGAAUGCAUGUUCUUUGCACCCACAGUCUUGAAUCUUGUUGAAUCAAAAGUAGACGUACAUUUGUUGUGUUUAUCAACAGGCAACUACAACAAUCAAGGACCACAACGCAAAAAGGAACUGCUUGGCAGCUGUACAGUUCUGGGCAUCCCAUCCCACAAUGUCACCAUCACAGAUAACAAAGAGCUUCCAGAUGACCCGACGGUCCAGUGGAGCACUGCUCUGAUCUCCUCUCUGAUCCUCAAACAUAUAAAAAACUACACCAUCAGCCUGGUCCUAACAUUUGAUGGAAGAGGUGUAAGUGGACAUGCCAAUCAUACUGUCAUCUACAAGGCCCUCAGUCAUCUGGCUUCUUCUGGAAGACUACCUUUAGGUUGCCAGGUCUUUUCUCUUCACACCAUCAGCCUCCUCAGGAAGUACCUGUCAGUCUUCGAGCUGCCAGUCAGCUGGCUCCUCCCCUCUGAUUUGUGCUGCAUCAUUGGAUGGGAGGAGUAUAAACGUGCCAAGAAAGCCAUGCUGUGCCAUCACUCUCAGCUGCUGUGGUUCCGCCGGCUCUACAUACUGUUCUCGCGCUACAUGUUUAUAAACACAUUCCAGGCUGUCGCCGUGGAAACAAAGAAUGUAAAAAUGUACUAG